ACUCCCAGCGGUACGUCACAUCAUGAGCGUGCUGGGAUAAAGAGGCUUCAACUGGGAUUUAAAUUGAUGUCCUGUCUGGACGAACGCACAAGAGGCUAGGGUUAAACUAUAUAGUUAUAUAGUCAACCACUAUUCUUACGCUCUGCACAGAGCUGGCUUGUUCCCGGACUGUGUUUUAUAACAUCUGCAGUUCAGAGAUAUUCACUAGCGGAGAGAACGCUAGCGUAGACUGUUAGCCGCGAGAAUUUACUAGACAAAAUCCUUCAAGAGUCACACCCUAAAUUUCAGUUUCCUCGCAUCGGCCACGCGAUCGACUGCGGGUUCAGAUGGUCCACCCUGUCUGGACGACAGUCGUACUAUGUACAUACUGUACUUGUUAGAGCAAUACAACUAAGAAGCGUCAGGGGAAUCAUGUAUGUCCACUUUCAGUCUACUUUGUUGGGAGACAGAUAACGUUAGUCUGCUAGCUGUGUGUGUUCUUCAUCAUUACGCUGCGCUCUUGUCUGAAGACUGGGAAUCAUGAAUUCACCAAUAUACACGUUUGUUUUGAGAGAUGACACCAGUACUGUGUAUGCUGAGGUCGCCAAGAUUCUUACUUCAACUGGAAAAUGGAAACGACUCAAGAAAGACAACCCUCGCUUUAAUUUAAUGCUGGGAGAGAGAAAUCGGCUGCCUUUUGGACGGCUGGGUCAUGAACCAGGACUCAUGCAGCUGGUGAAUUAUUAUAGAGGAGCCGAUAAACUGUGUCGCAAAGCAUCACUGGUCAAGAUUAUCAAGACCAGUCCAGAGUUGAAGGACUCCUGUAACUGGUUUCCUGAGUCCUACAUCAUAUACCCAACCAACCUCAACACCCCGGUGGCCCCGGCCACCAACGGCAUCAGCCACAUGAAGAGCAACCCAAAGACAGAUGAGCGAGAAGUCUUCUUAGCAUCUUAUAACUCCAGAAAGGAAAGUGGAGAUGGGACAGUGUGGAUAGCCAAAUCAUCAGCAGGCGCAAAAGGUGCUGGCAUUUUGAUUUCUCAUGACGCAAACCAGUUGCUGGAGUUCAUUGAUAAUCAAGGCCAAGUGCAUGUCAUUCAGAAGUAUCUGGAGAAACCUCUGCUGCUUGAGCCAGGUCAUCGCAAAUUCGAUAUAAGAAGUUGGGUGCUUGUGGACCAUCAGUACAACAUCUACCUGUACCGUGAGGGUGUGCUGAGGACAUCGUCUGAGCCCUACAACAGCUCAGAUCUCCAGAAUAUGACCAGUCAUCUGACAAACCACUGUAUUCAGAAAGAGCAUUCGCAGAACUAUGGCCGAUAUGAGGAGGGCAAUGAAAUGUUUUUUGAUGAGUUUAAACAGUACCUGCUGAACACACACAAUCUGGCUAUGGAGACCUCUAUUUUACCUCAGAUCAAGCAUAUAAUCAGGAGCUGUCUUGCAUGCAUCGAACCAGCCAUCAGCACAAAGCACCUCUCCUACCAGAGCUUCCAGCUCUUUGGCUUUGACUUUAUGCUGGACGAAAGCUUUAAAGUCUGGCUGAUUGAGAUCAAUGGGGCACCUGCCUGUGCACAGAAAUUGUACCCUGAGCUCUGUCAAGGGAUCGUGGAUGUGGCCAUCUCCACAGUCUUCUCUCUGAGUGCGGAUGCUCUCUCAUCUUCACCUCCAUUCUCCACCUCUCCAUCUUUGUCCUCCAACUCCUGCUCCUCACCCAAGAUCAGAGCACCCCAUCACUUCGGCCCAUUCAGCAAACUAUAAAUGACUUGCAAAAUACUGCCAUUAUCAUGCAAACCCCACUGUCCCACUUAAAACAACAUCAGCCAGUCUAAAAUUUUAAGGGGCUUGGGGUUGAACAUGCCGGAGAUUCAUCUCCAUCUGAAGAGGGCAGAAGGGACAUGAGGUCAACCACUGUAUGAUCAGUGUUUGUUUGCAAACAAAAAAGCUGAGAGCUCAGCUUUCUGACGUAAAGACUUGAAGGUGAGGAAAAUCCAGAGUAGCAGCAUCCAGAAAAGAGAGUAAUUUGGUUUCUGAAGCCAAGCAUUUACAAUUUUGAGACUACAAUUUUGGGCCUUCAAAGGGAUUGUUCUCCCAAAAAUGAAAAUUUACUAGUCAAGUGUUUUUUUUUUUUCUUUUCUGUUCAACACAAAAGAGAGAUUUUGAAGAAUGUUAGAAACCAGUACCCAAUGCCUUGCCUUUUUUGUAGUAUGAAAGCUAUGACAGAAUUUUCAGAUUUGGGUGAACCAUCCCUUCAGGUCAGAGGUGUCAAACUCUGCAGUCCUGCUUUAACACCUACCUUUGUUGUGAAGGAGCCUGAAGGACUCAAUUUGUUUGAUCAGGUGUGUUUAAAUAGGGGUGAAGCUAAACCUUGCAGAGCUGUGGCCUUCCAGGAACUGAUUUUGCCACUAUGCUUUAAUUCAGAUUUAAUUCAAUUCAUUUUAAACUCAAUACCUGGAGGGCCACUGCUCUGCAAGUGCAGUUUAGCUCCAACCACUUCUAACUCACACCUGCUUAAUAGACUUGAACACCUUCAUUAGUUGGAUCAGCUGCAUUUGAUUGGGGUUGAAGCAAAACUGCCCUCCAGGAGUCCAGUUUGAGACCUAUGCUUUAGGUGAUUUUAAAAUGUGAAUUUAAGCACAUAUUUGAAGGAGUAUAGGACACCAAAAAGAGCAAAAAAAAAUUUGACUCUGAAUUGCCCCCAGAUCUGUCCAGAUGUCAGCAAGACUCCUCAGGAUUUUUCCCAGCACCUUGAUAAGCCUAAUGAUGGAUUUGAGCCUAGUGCCUUACAGAUUCAACACUAACUCCCAGCAAAUUAAUCCGGCCUUUUUGUAAAUGCACUCAAUCAACUACAGUGCUGCGCAUAAAUGAGUACAUGUCCUUAAGAAAUUUAACUUUUAUCCAUUUCUCAGAGAGCCAAACAUCUUUAGGAAUAGAACGAUAAUACAAUUAAAUUCAAUCAAGUUAUUGCAAAAAAAAAAAAAAAAACUCCCCCAACAUAUGAUCAUAGUCCAAAAGCCAUUACACCUAAAAUAAGUUGUUGUUUUUGAACUGACCAAUCUACUGUAGCUGUAUGUAUCUCAUUUCAAAGGGUGCCAUUCGAUAGGCGCUGCGUCAUUGUGCCGUGAUGAAGGCUGUCUUAUUCCAAACAAAAUUUGAAGGCUCCUUUAAAUGCAGCCUCCAAACGUGUCCUUCGUUUCACAGGUAAUGAAGGACACAGCCGUUGGAUUAAAUGUAUGAAUUAGGUUUAUUUUACUUGGAUAUCUAAACGCAUGUUAAAAAAAUAAAAAGAACAUGACGUGUCUUACUAAAAAGUUAUUUUACAGACCGUUUACAUUUUUAAGUGUACAUUUUUGGAUUUAAAAAAUUAUUUUUCAGUGUUUGUAAACUUGCUUUACCUUCAGAUUGCUUAAAAUAAGUUUAAAGUCCGUCUGUAAAAAGUCAUCACAAAGUUUAUUACCGUUAGUAACAGCAGCUGUUACGUUUGCUAGGUGGCUGGAUUAUCUCAUUUCAAAAUCCUUGAUUUGGCUUGUGUGGACUUCGAAGGACUCGCCCUCACAGAGGUAUGGACCCUCUAAAAUGAGACACAAAUACUAUUGUAAGUUAUUCUAUAGAAUUUAUUAAUUUAUUUGAGAGAUUGGUCAGCAGUGUACUCAUUUAAACUUAGCACUGUAAUGUCAGUCUGAUUAUUGUAUGUAUUUUGUGCUUUUUUUUUUUGCUUGGGUAGUGUGUACUAAAUAGUUUUGAAACCAAAAAUGAAACAUUUUCUGAUUCAGAUUUUUAUGAUUUGCCGUUUAAUGUAGAAGACAGUGUUUAGUAGAAGUAGCAGAAGAUAACGUUUACAUGCUUGUUGUUGAUCUGUCCACUGAGACCAGAUUUAGUCUUCCCAAUGCUCCUGUUGAUGUUUGCACAGGUCUGGUUAUUAAUUAUGUUGUGACAGGCAAUCAAGAACAUCUGGGAACUGGGGAAAUACUGCCUUCUGUAGCACCAGAAGACACGUUCACAACUAGACAAAUGCUCAAAGAGUAUUCUCUGAGUGAGGAAACUUUUGGUGGGCUAAAAUGUUGCAUGUCGAAGCAUGUAAAUACCUACUAGAGAUAGGAGUUUGAGUUUUUAUAUUUUAAGAUAAAUGCAUCACUUCAGCUCUCAUUUUAUACUUCUGUACUGUAAAAAUGAAUCAUGCAUUGCUUGGUUGAUAUUUCUUAAAAGGAUAGUUCACCCCCAAAAUGACAAUUUUUAUCAUUUACUCACCCUUCACAUGUCAUAAACCCGUAUUUUUAUGUUGUACACAAGUUAUUGUUGGAAACUUGUAACCAUUGACUUCCACAUUAUUUGAUUUUCCUAUUAUGGAAGUCAGUAAUGUAAUAUUUUCAUUUUAUUUCAGUUCACCUAAAAAUAGCAUUCUAUAUAUUUUAUUCUAAAAAAAAAAAAAAAAAAAUUCUGGUAGCCAUUGAGUUUUUUUUUCCCUUUUCCUGUUUGAAUUCCUGUUUAACAGAAAAGUGUAACUUCAAAAAGUUUGGAACCACUUAAGCAGUAGUCACCAAACUUGUUCCUGGAGGGCCUGUGUCUCUACAGAGAUUUUAGCUCCAACCCUAAUCAAACACACCUGAACAAGCUAAUCAAGGUCUUACUAGGUAUACUUGAAACAUCCAGGCAGGUGCGUUGAAGAAAGUUGGAGCUAAUCCCUGCAGGGACACCGGCCCUCCAGGACCGUGAUUGGUGAACCCUGCACUUGAGGGUGAGUAAAUUAGCAUUUAUUUAUUUUUUUAUUUUUUUAUUUUUUUGCUAACUAUCCCUUUAAUACACAAAAUUGGAUGCUUCCUGGUGGGUUUGUGGUGCAGCAGGAGUCAUAGUAGUAUUUCUUUAUUUUACUCUGUAUAGGCAGAUUGAUAUGACUGGUGUGAUUCAUUAACAGCAGGCUCUGAGUGGUUGACACUGUUAAGAUGACUGGUGAAAAUGAUGCACAAGCAGCAAUUUAGUGUUGAAUGCGUGAUAUUUAGGAGUCCGUGUUAUGGCUGUUUGUGGAAACAGGAAAGACUUUUAAAGACAUAGUUCACCCAAUAAUGAAAAUUCUGUCAUAAUUUGAUCAACCUUUUCUUGUUCCAAACCUGUUUGAGUUUCUUCUGUUGAGCAAGAAGUAAGAUCUUCUGAACAGACUUUAGAGGAUUGACUUUCAUAGUAUAUUUGUUCCUAUAAGGACGUCAAUAGCUGCUUUUUCCAACAUUCUUCAGAGUACCUUGUUUUAUGUUCAACAGAAGACAUUCAAAAAAAAAGUUUAGAACCAAAUGAUUAUGAAUAAAUUGUGAGGAAAUUUUUAUUUUUAGCCGAACUAUCCCUUUAAGAGGGGUUCAAGCAGUGCAAUGUCUCUUGAGUUUUAAAGUAUUGAAGGGAAAGGACUGUAUAAAACCAGAGGAUGUCAUCAACACUUUCACUAUGCUAUCCAGUCAUCAUAUUUUUAUUAUGCAUCUUUGUGUUGUGAUUUUUUUCAUGUUUUUUUUUUAAACAUUAUAUUGCUGUACAGUUUUUCAAUUAGUUAAAAAAGAGAAAACUGAUGACAGUCUUAUGUAGCCUGAAGGGAAACAUCUCCAUCCAGCCAAAGAUCAGUUUGAUUCAAUAUCUUCAAUGCUGUUCAAGAUGUCUAAUGGUCUUCUGGACAUUACUGGUUUACGUAAAAUGUAGGAAUGCUGUUUUUGUUUUUCUCCUGUAUUUGUCUGAGGAAGGAAUGUUAUUAUUAGUCUAGUUUGCUGUAUUUGUUACUGUUGUUCAGACUUUUUGAAAAAAAAAACUAAAUCCAUUGGAUUGGUUAAAGACUAAAAGUGUUCGUUAUUCAAAUAUAAGCAUUCAUUGUGUGCAAUAAAUUAAAAUACUCAA